GCCGGUGAAAGAAAAGACAAGAAAAAGGGAUGGAGGAGGAAUGGAUGGAUGGCUGUGCCUUUAAAGCGGGAGGCUCCUCCUCCGCUGAGUGGAACAGAAGAGCCGAGUGGUGCUGGCAAAGGAGUCUGAGCCACAUGAUAAACUCUGGCAUCAGCUCGUCUUCAUCCGGCAGUCAGGGAGGACACAGCGAGGGUGCAAGGGGGGGCAGAGAGACAGUAGAAAAGAGCAAGAGCGACAGAAGGCGGUGAGAAAGAGAGAUAGAAAGAGAGGAGGGGGUUGUUGAGGGGGGGUCAAAACGAUGAGACGAAGCAGAUAGACGAGGAAAGAGAAAGAGAGAGGAGAACCUGUCAUCUUGCACACUGCUUCUUUUUUUUUUUUUUUCUUCCUUCCUUCCCCGCAGCUCAAGCCCAGUCUGUCGGCUGCCUGGCGGCGGGGAUGACGGGUGGCUCGUUUUCAAGGCGCGCGGUUAUCUGAGCGAUGCUCGUGGCGGCGUUGACAGAAUCGGAGGCGGCAUCUUCGGCCACUUUCCUCAGUGGAGCAGCCUCCUCUACUGUUCCCCUUCUGAUGAGCCUCAGAGUGAAAGACCCCCGCUGAUAGAGGCUUCUUCUCUGUCAAGACAGUGCCAUGUGCGAUUGGCCAGCACGCCCCUCGGCAGUGGCAUCGCCUCGGAUUUGGCGAGAAGCGCUUCCUCUUUCUCGUUCUCCUGCGCUCCUCCGGGAAUCUUUUACAGGAUUUAUCUCAUCCUGCUGGAUGGCGGCGAGCUCUCUGCUUCCGAGUCCGCAGAGAAAAGCCAUGGAUAAGAAGUAAAAUAAUUAUCCAAUCACGGCACAGGGAGGCAGACCGGGUUCCCUUAGCAACAACUGAGGGAGAAGUCGUUUUCUCUUUCUGCUUGUUUUUUUUUUUAAUUUAUUUUUAUUUUUUUUAAUUGUGGGGGCACACCCCGGUGUGGACUGCCGCAGGGGGUCAAAGGUUGUGUGAGUAGUGCCGACUGAAUUUCAGGAAGAGUUUCUGCUUUUCAAGUGUAACCGUGUCUGAACGACGCAAUGAUUUUCAACCACGAGUCACGUUUUGCUGGCUUAGAAAUCAAUUCAUCCUGAGCCCACGCCACCUGGAAUAAAUCCUUCUUUGGGGUGGGGAGGGGUGGGGGUUGGAUUCUCUAGGAAAAGACUUCCACCUGUCUCCCUAUGAGAGAGAGAACGAGAGAGAGACGGCAUUAUUGAGUUUUCACCAGUAAAGAAAAUGGAUCCUUGAUUUUGAUCUCGGAUGUCUUUGUUUUUUGUUUUUUUGGAAUACUCAUUUUUUUCAUAUCUACGUAAUAAUAUAGAAGAACAAUUGUGGGUGCUGGAUAACACUUUCUAAGGUAGAAUGACACAGUUUUAUAAUGUUCCACAAGUGGAAGAGGGCUCAAACCGGAGUCCAAGUAUAGAAAGAUGUUUUAAAUAGCUUCUCCUUGAAAACAAUUCUAGUUGUACACGCUGACACAUGAGAUGAGUUGGCUCAGCGCGAUUAUGUAAGAUUUUCAUUCCAGCCACGGCACAUGUUUUUUUUUUUUGUGCCUCUUUCUUUUUUUUUCCCAUGGAUUUACUGUGUUUGAUUUCCCUCGUGCUCGCUUUCCAACCGUUUUCGAACGGACGUCUUGGAUGCCAGCGAGUGACCCUGAGGCGAGGAAAGGCGUUUUGGUCGUCUGGGUGCUUUUAAGAUGUUGAGGUCUCCCUGCGUGGCCGGGGCCCCUGUUCGGAUCAGUAGCACUGAGGCUCUUCGUAGCCAAAGACAUGGACCCCGACUCGGCUCCCCCACGCCCUCAGCCUGUUGGCCACUGGCCCCACGUCACCUUGUGAAGGAUGUCCCUCAGCAGAGCUCCGGCCCGGGACACCUCUGAGACCCCCAGCCCGAGAGAACGCAUCCGCAGCCACAUGAAGAUGGUGAUUGACCAGCUGGAAGGAAUCCUCAGAGAGCUGAAGGAUGUGGCCAAGGAACUCCGGGAGGUGGUGGGUCAGAUCGACAAACUGACGUCGGACUUUGACUUCGACCUGGAGCAAGAUGAUUGGACGGUGGCGACAGCCAGCAGCACGUCCAGCAGCGAGCGUGGCCUCGGGGAAGCCUUUCGCCUGGACUUCCUCAACGCUGACGUGCUGUCCGACAGCUGGGAGUUCUGCAGCUACCUUGAGGCCGCCGGCGCUUGCGCCCGCGUGUCCGUGGAACCGGCUAUGGGCUACCCCAGGCCGCAGCCAGGUCGUGGGACCAUACCCACCCAGACCCCGACCCCGCCUCCCACCGCCACCGCCUCCGUUUACUCCCAAAUGAACGGCGGGCUCCCGAUCCCGAAUGGACCUCGCAUUAUCACUCCAGAUUCAUCCAGCGAGGAAGCGAGCAGCUCCACACACUCCCACAAGACGAGGGAGAGGGUACGCUUCAGCGAUAAAAUUCUCUACCACGCCUUGUGUUGCGACGAUGACGACGACGACGAUGAAGAGCAAGAAGACCUAAGAGACGACAAAAGCGGCUGCGCCACGCCCGACAGCGAUGGCGAGCAGAGCCUCCUAGCUGAGCCGAUUGCCCCUAAACGUUCUUCCUCCGAGCACUCGCUACUCCAUAACUGCCUUGACCCUUCUUACGUCCCCCCAUCGGCGAGAAGCAUGAUGGGAGCGCACACGUUACCCAGGAAAGGCCUCCUGAACCCCGGCUGCCGCAAAAAACUGCUCCGAAACAGCAGCACGCAAACUGUGUCGGAUAAGAGCACCCAAACUGUACUGCCCUAUAUUCCAAACAAACAGAAAGCAAAGGAGCACUGAGCCAGCCCUCCAUUUAUCAUACGUCUCACCACCAAGGACUGUGCAUUAUUUAAUAUUAAAUACAUAGCUAAUAGAUUAAUACACAAAUAAAUCAAUUACUAAAUAAAUAAAUGAUAUAUGGGAAAAAAUGACUUGCCUUUGUAAACUCAUUCCGAGAGUGAUUUUGGUUUGGAUUUCCGAGGUCUAAAGCAAUCGUUUGGACUUUUUCGGUGUUAAAAGCGCUGCUUUUUCCUCGUUAUGCAGCAUGGGAAACAUGAAACAAAAGAGCGUGUUGUUUUUAAUGUGCCUUUAAAAAGCUUCAUGUACACUUUUUUUUUCCAUACACCCACAUCCACACGUUUUUCCACAUCAAACAAGUCCCACAACAACAAACAGCAUUUUAUUGUAGCAUGGAAAAACUCAAAUGUCACAUUUUUCUAUGUUUCAAAUAACGUUUUCCCAUGGGGGGAAAAAAUGUAAAGAGAAUUAAUCUGUCGCCGACUUUCAACCUUUGUUGCUUUGUGUUUUAAGCAACACUUUGACUUUUUUUAAAUGUCAUACAAACAAAGAUAAGUUAACCACGCUAAAAAAUAUAAAAAAAACUGCUCACCCGUUCGGGACCAAGAUGGGUUACCGAGGGACGCUGCUCCCCUACUUGCAUUCUAUAAUGGCUACCAGACUUAAGAAAUAAUUCUGUUAAUAAUUAGGUUCAAUAUUGAAUAAAUUGAAAGUAUUGGGGCUGCACGGUGGACGAGUGGUUAGCGCACAGGCCUCACAGCUAGGAGACCUGAGUUUAAUUCCACCCUCAGCCAUCUCUGUGUGGAGUUUGCAUGUUCUCCCCGUGCAUGCGUGGGUUUUCUCCGGGUACUCCGGUUUCCUCCCACAUUCCAAAAACAUGCUAGGUUAAUUAGCGACUCCAAAUUGUCCAUAGGUAUGAAUGUGAGUGUGAAUGGUUGUUUGUCUAUAUGUGCCCUGUGAUUGGCUGGCCACCAGUCCAGGGUGUACCCCGCCUCUCGCCUGAAGACAGCUGGGAUAGGCUCCAGCACCACCACGACCCUCGUGAGGAAAAAGCGGUAGAAAAUGAAUGAAUGAAUGAAUUAUUUAACACCGAGGGCUGCAUGGUGGAGAAGUGGUUAGCGCACAGACCUCACAGCUAGGUGACCAGGGUUCAAUUCCACCCUCGGCCAUCUCUGUGUGGAGUUUGCAUGUUCUCCCCGUGCAUGCGUGGGUUUUCUCCGGGUACUCCGGUUUCCUCCCACAUUCCAAAAUCCGACUCCAAAUUGUCCAUAGGUAUGAAUGUGAGUGUGAAUGGUUGUUUGUCUAUAUGUGCCCUGUGAUUGGCUGGCGACCAGUCCAGGGUGUACCCCGCCUCUUGCCCGAAGACAGCUGGGAUAGGCUCCAGCACCCCUGCGUCCCUCGGUAGAAAAUGAAUGAAAACUACUAAAUUAUUUAAAUACUGUGCCACUCACAAGUCAGUAAGAAAACGGUAUCUCCUUCUUCGGGCAGGAGCCAAUCACGAGCAAGCAUGUCAACCCAUUUGAAAUCGCAAUAGGUCGGCAACUCUUUUCUUAUACAGCGGCUAUUUGCAUUACUAAUAAUCAGUUUGUUGAUGUUUAGAUAACUAGAUUCGGCCCCAUGUUGCAGUAAAUUAAACUUCCUGUUCUAUGGUUAUAAUCGCACAUUGUCAUAUCCAGUGUCAUAAGAAGUUAACUGCAAAACAGUACAAAAUAUGCCUAAUAUUAACUAAAUGUACACUUUGCAGUGUACAUUUAGUUACUCUUGUUCUAGCAACUCAAUAAAACUAAAGUAAAAUGACUCACCCUUUGAAGACACCUGAUAAUGAAGGGGUAUCUUAAGGGUGCUUUUCUGUUGUUGUAGGCUCUUCCAUUUCCUGUUUUAUGGUUAUCAUCACACCAUCUAACCUGUGUAAAAAAAAAAUAAUUAAAACAACGUUAAUUGCUGUAUAGUAAAACUUUAUUCAGUUUACUCACCUUUAACAUUGUUGACAUUUGUCUUCCUCUUUUAUUCCUUUUACGGUCAACAUAGCCGUCGUUCUAUGGUUAUCAUCACAGUUUUUCCUCCUUGUCCUAACAAGUACACCUUUGUGGUGGCAUCCUACAAAAAAAAAAAGCACAAGCUUUUGUGGAGUCAAUCAUUCAGAUUCUCAGUGAGCCGAUGCCUCACAUUGUUUUCUUUUGCAGAAAAAAAUGUAGAGAAGAAAGAAGUCUUUUAACAAAAUGUGACAUUUCCUGUUCCUUUUUUCCUGCGGUGCCAUUAAGCUUGCUGUCGCUGAGCUGGGAAAAAAAAAAAAAAAGAAAACCUGCUGUUAAGGAUUUUUUCUGUCCAUUGAGUGGCCCAGUGGGGAAUAUGAGUCAGUAGAACAGUGUUUAUUCAGAGGACUAAUGCCAAUAGCCAUUCCUGAUCGAUAUGUUCCAAGGAGGGUACGGCCAGAGCGCUCUCCACUGAGCAUGUACGCCACUCUCCUGGGAAGGGGGAACAAAAAACUCACAGUCAGACCUAUCUGCUCACACUGAAAGAAAGUACUGUGGCCCUACAUGACUGACAUUUGCACAAAGAUGUUUUUUUUUAGCAAUAAUCCACCUUGGGGGAUCGGCUUUGUACUACUUCUUCUAUCCCGACAACACGCUCAUUUCCUGUUGAGUUUGAAAAGUACAAGUUGGAGAGAAAAAACUCGCCGACACCUAGGAAGAUGACCUUUUUAUAGUAGCCUUGAGAGUAACCGCAAGUGAGUGGUAGUUCUAUGGUUAUAACCGCACAUUGUCAUAUCCAGUGUAAUAAGAAGUUAACUGCAAAACAGUACAAAAUAUACCAAAAACGGGACAUUCACCUUUCAUUUUGGUGACAGGCGCAGACACUGUACACUAAAUGUACACUUUGCAGUAUACGUUUAGUUACUCUUGUUCUAGCAACUCAAUAAAACUGAAGUAAAAUGACUCACCCCUGAAAAUGAAGGGGUAUCUUAAGGGUGCUUGCUUGAAGAGCAAUACCUUUUCUGUUGUUGUAUGCUCUUCCAUUUCCUGUUUUAUGGUUAUCAACACACCAUCUAACCAGUGUAAAAAAAAAAAAAAAAACGUUAACUGCUGUAUACAGUAAACCUCGGAUAUAUCGGACUCAGAUAUAUCGGUAAUUUGCUCACAACGGACAGAUAAAAAAGAACCAAUUUUUCUGUAAUGCAUUUCCAAUAAAAAUUCAUUGCAUAUAUCAGAUUUUUUAUAACGGAUUUCGCCUAUUUCGGACAAAAUCUCCAGUCCCGUUCCAAUGCAUUUCCAUUAAAUUUCCUUCGCAUAUAUCGGAUGGCCGCAUCGUGGCGCUCCGAUUCGCCGAAUCGUGACAGGCCGCUAUACGACGUCAUUUGCAGCUUUUGCAGCGUUGCCUGCGAGUCCAGGUACAUUGGAAACAUAGUCAAGGAAGUGCCUUUUUACAACGGAUAAAAUCUGAUUUACGCAUAUACCGGAUAUAAAUCCGAUAUAUACGUAAAACGGACAUUUUCCGGUAUACGCAUAUAACGGAUUUCGCUUAUAUCGGACAAAACCAGUGGGAACAAUUGAAUCCGAUAUAUCCGAGGUUUACUGUAGUAAAACUUUAUUCAGUUUACUCACCUUUAACAUUGUUGACAUUUGUCUUCCUCUUUUAUUCCUUUUACAGUCAACAUAGCUGUCGUUCUAUGGUUAUCAUCACAGUUUUCCUCCUUGUCCUAACAAGUACGCCUUUUGUGGUGGCAUCCUACAAAAAAAAAGCACAAGCUUUUGUGGAGUCAAUCAUUCAGAUUCUCAGUGAGCCGAUGCCUCACAUUGUUUUCUUUUGCAUUAAAAUAUAAUGCAGACCUACCAACAUGUACACAUUUUUAGUACUCAACCUGCAAUUUGACUCUUGCAUACGCUUGUAUGCUCUCCGUUUUGUUGCAUUUCCUUGGUUUCAGUUUCAAGGUCAGUCUGUACAGUGCAGAUGAAUAUGAAUAAAUAUGAUCCAGUUUCUCUAGUUCUGAUAUACAGUAGUUGAUGUGAGAACAACGGCACGCUCUCAUCGGUAAUAUUUAAUUUUAAAAAUCCAGCAAACGUAUAAAUCGAUGUUCGUUAACGUGCGGUUGAUGAGGUCAAAAUGUGGCAUUUAGGUUAGGGUAUCAAUAAAAAUCAAAUCCAGCGUUGCAGCAGGAGACAGUUGUUCAAUAGCCAUUAGCGGGCCGCUGUUAUUUGCAAAAGUGAAACCAUGACGCCGCUAUAGCGUGCUGGUUUCUUGUGUGUUAUUAUUGUAAUUGCGUCAAAUCAACCAUGUUGAUUGCCAGGACAAUAUUUGCUAAUCAGCAUAAAAAAUUGAAACUGGGUUUCUUUUCAGCACCAACCACGGCAGCACCUUUUAUUAUUAGAAUCAUUUAUUUACUGUUUUGUUUUGUGUUUUUUUUUUCAGUUCAUCCCAACCUGUGUGGAAAACGAAGGCAUUGGACUGAAGGCAAUAGCCCCCCCACCCCGCAGCAGCGGCUGCCAUUUCCCAGCUAGAUUGUGGACCAAAGAGGUCAUCGCAGUCAUUAGCAUAAAUAAACAAUGGCGGGGCUGCCACCACAUAGGCGAAGCAUCAAUUACGUCAAAAACAAACUAAAACCCUCAUUGUGAUGCCCAAACAACCUCCAGACAUCACUGUUCCACAGCACUGUGUUUUUUUUCCCGCCUUCCUCUCUGCUAGAAGAUUUUAAAAGUCAUCUGCGCUAUGAAUCACAAAUAUAGCGGUCACAUUUUGAAACAUUUGGGAGAAGCGGUGCCUCUUUUGCCAAAUGGCUCAUUAUUCAUGUCCUUUAGGGUGAAGCUGCUCUGUCCUCGCUUCUCAUUUUGUGCAGUGGAGCUGCCAUCAGCAAGAAAUAACGCACAUGCUACAUGCUUGUGCAAAAUACUGGAUGUUGUGCAGGUAUGCACUCUGACGGUAUUGCAUUAGCAUUCACGAUAGAACAUAUUAAUUUGUAUCACAGUUUAGCCCGACAACCUUGCUGACCAGCAUUACCUUCAUUUUGGUUCCGAGCUGGGCCUUCAGUGGACACUUAAGCAACUGAGCCCACAUCAUAAUAACACAACUAUACCAUCACAAUUACACAAACCAUCAAUAAUAUACAAAAUGCAAUAUAAUAAUGUGUUUUUUCGUUGUUUUUCAAAAAUUAAUUAACAAUUGAUCACUGUUUCGUGGCUGAAUAUGGCCUAUUAUUAGUCAAAAAAAUAUUGAAAGACAAGUUAUAUGUAGUAUUCUGGCCACUAGAUGUCAGUAAUGUUACAUUAAUGACACAUGGCACGACAUUACCUUCACACUGCAUGGGGUUCUCCAAAAAAAUCUCAAAUUCGGUGUGGAAGUGGUACCUUUUUGGCUUGUUACUUUGUCCUUCUUUCCUACUCCAUUUCACACUCUUUCGUUAGCUGGUUGGUGAGCUUGGUAGCAAGCUAGGAUUGAAGCGAUGAACAUUUCUUGUGUGUCAUAAACGAAAAAAAAAAGUGUAGUAUUAUUUCUUGUCUACAGGGCUCUAAUAAUGGCAAAAAUUGUAUUUAGGUCAGAAAGGUUUUCUAUAUUCUUACAAAAAAAACACAAUUUCACGGAAUUCACUUCGUGGAAUCGUGGUCAGGUCUGCAAACAAUUAACCGCGAUAAACGAGGGAUGACUGUAUUACUAAAGCAACAAACCAAGCUAAUCAUUCCAUUCUAAUACUUUGUCUUUAAACAUAUCCAAACCUCUACACUAUGACAUAAUUUGGAGCAUAUAUAUACGUAUAUAUCAUAUACAUGUGUGUUUAUAUAUAUGUGAAUAUAUCCUUCUAAUAGGUCAGUGCAUUUUCAUCAAAUGCCGCCAUAGAAGGCCUUCUUGACACUCACAUAGCACAAUCAGCACAACACUUAGAUACGAUUCAUGUAACACUGGGACAAGACGCUAACACACAUCAUGUGCAUUUUUCUUUCUCUAUCUCUCUUACACAAACUUAACUUUCACUUUAUCUUUCUUGAAGGGCGUGGCACCUGCCUUAUAUGCUCUUUUUACUUUCCUUCUGGGCUCUUUCCUCGAUCUUCCUCCAUGUUGAUAAGAGUCCAGUGCUGUAAUCAAAUAAAAUAUAUUGCUUUUAUUUCUUAAUACAGUUUGAAAACAUUUCUGAUCAUUGAUGAUUUAUCGGAUAGCAACCAGGAAGGAAAGCUAAAAAGAAGCAA